AUGGCUCUGAACGUGACGAUGUACAUCCCAGAGAGACGCCGCAGCAGGUCGUCCUGUGAGCACUACAAAUCGAUGAGGGGUUGUCACAAUAUUCUUACAGCAGUGGAACUGAAGCAUCAUGCCUCAGUGACUCAGAAUAUAAAGAUCUACACGGACUGGGCGAAUCACUACUUGGCCAAAUCGGGACACAAGCGGCUGAUUAAAGACCUGCAGCAGGACGUGAGCGACGGCGUGCUGCUGGCUGAGAUCAUCCAGGUCAUAGCAAAUGAGAAGAUUGAGGACAUUAAUGGAUGCCCUAAGAGUCGUUCUCAAAUGAUUGAGAACAUUGGUGUCUGUCUGAGCUUCCUAGCAGCCAAAGGUGUGAACAUACAGGGACUUUCAGCUGAAGAGAUCCGGAAUGGAAAUCUGAAAGCCAUCUUGGGGCUUUUCUUUAGCCUGUCUCGAUACAAGCAGCAGCAACAGCCGCAGACGAACAGACAGACGCACACGCAACACACACAUUCACACGCUCCCUUAAGCCAGCAGAGCAGCGCUCCGGCCCAGCUGACCUCCACCUCGCAUGGGACGCACACACACAAAUCACAGCCAGAGAUGCAGUCCAGGGAUGGCUGUCAGAGUAAACUCAAGUUUUCCAUUGGUCAGAAAAAGUCUUCUAGAUUACCUGGCCCCACCUCGAGGAUGUCCACUGCGGGCAGUGAGAGUUCUCCUCGAGGGUCCAUCAGUUCAGCAGGGAAUCGCCGCAGUCAGGUGUUCAGUGAUAAAGCCAAACCUGCAGCAGCUCAGGCCAAAGAAUCAUCAGAGUGUGUCACCUCACACGGCGUGACUGAGCACACUCUGUCAUCCCUGGCAUCCGCCUGCACCUCUGUUAGCACCAGCACUGUGGCAUCUUCAUCUUCAUCGUCAGCCAUCCCCCAGCCCAACUCGAGUAGCAAACCCUGGAGAAGCAAAUCUCAGAGCACCAAGCACACUGCAACCUCCACCGCUCCCUCCACGGUGCUUUCCAUCAAACCAGAUCUCCAAGCCAAGCAGCCCGUGCCUGCAGAGCUGCCACCGAAAGCUGUGCCUCAGAAGUCCAUGCUGGAAAAACUCAAACUUUUCAACAGCAAAGGUGGCUCCAAGUCAUCCACGCCAGCAGAGGGCGCCGUUACGCCAACAGGAGGAAAAGAUGCCGGUUUGGUUUUAGAAAGAGUCGGGGCUGGUUCCAAUACAGAACCCAUUGAGGAAAUGGAUGGUAACGUCAGACCCACGAAUGGAUCGAGUGCUAUUACCAUGACAACCAGCAGCCCAAAGAUUGCGUUAAAGGGCAUUGCACAGCGGACACUUAGCCGGGCGCUCAUGGCGAAAAAAGCCUCAACUAAAUCCGUAGAGAAAGAAAAGGAAAAAGAACGAGCUAAGGAGAAAGACAAAAACGGGAAAGAGGGCUCAAAGCGUGUCCCUGCCUCGGAAAAGGUAGAGAACAAAGAGGAAGUUAAGGAGGAAGUUGUUCCCUCAAGCAAAGUUGCUCCCUCCGAGGCAGAGCCCAGGAAAGCCUCCAAGAUCGCCAGCUUUAUACCCAAAGGCGGCAAGGUGGGAGGUACCAAGAAAGAUAGCUCCGCCCCUGUGCAAAGCGGCAUUCCAAAACCAGGAAGUAAAAACUCAGGAAAUGGAGUGGUAAAGAGUUCAGCGUUGCCCCUCGGUGGUAAAGACAAUGAGAGGCCCCGCAGUAUGCGUCUGGGAGAGGGUCUGGGACUUCAUAGGGACAGCCGGCAUUCCUCGUCCUCUUCCAGCCUGGCUUCCACUGAGGGGAAAGGACACCACAGCGCCGCCCCGUUGGCCAAUGGAACACAUUCUACAGCCAGCAACACAGUCAGUGUGCAGCUGCCUCAACCCCAGCAGCAGUACAGCCACCCCAACACAGCCACCGUAGCACCCUUCAUGUACAGGUCUCAGAAUGAGGCAGAUGGAAACAUUGGCACAAACCCAAGCUCUGGAUGUCGUAGUAGUGACUCCAGUAGCUUCAGUAAGAUCAACCAGUCUUCUACUGAGGACCUGUCAGGUGAAGAUCCAGAGACCAGACGACUGAGAACUGUCAAAAAUAUUGCUGACCUGCGGCAGAAUUUAGAAGAGACCAUGUCAAGUUUGCGGGGGACACAGGUCACACACAGUACACUGGAGACCACUUUUGAUGGUGGUGUUACUACUGAAAUGAGUAGUCGCAGCAUCCUCAGCAUGGCAUCUCGACCCACGCCGCUGUCCUGGGCCAGUCGCAUGGGCCAGUCCAGCCCCCGUCUACAAGCAGGAGAUGCUCCCUCGGUUGGUAACGGCUAUCAGUCCCGCAGCGGAGGUGUGUCGUCCGGCCAGGGCCGGUAUCUGUAUCAGGCUCCUCUACGGAAGCAGCUGGCAGCACGCGGCAGCGCCCUCUGUGGUCUGGAGCUGGGAGACAGGGCGGAGGAUCUGGAGCUGGCAGGUGUGGGGCUGGAAAUGAGCGGCUACAUGAGUGAUGGAGACGUGCUGGCUAAGAACGCACGCACUGAUGAGCUGACCAGCGGAUACAUGACGGAUGGGGGAUUGAGUCUGUAUACGCGGCGAUUGAACCGGAUGCCGGAUGGAAUGGCAAUGGUACGGGAAAGUCUGCAGCGUAAUGCCUCCACCGGCCAGGGAGACGCCGACAGUUGGGAUGACAGUAGUUCCGUCAGCAGUGGGAUCAGUGAUGCUAUUGAUACUGAUGACAUCAACACCAGCUCCUCCAUAAGCUCUUACGCCAACACACCCGCCGCGUCCCGUAAGGCCCUGAACGGACAGCCUCAGACAGAUGCAGAGAAGCAUUCAGCAGCCGAACACAACACUGCUUGGUCCAGUGAUGAAGUUAAGAAGACAGACGGGGGUUUGGAUUGCGGCAUCAAAAUGGAAGCAGGUCUGAAGUGGCGGCGGAACGCUUCAGAUGCUUCGGAGGAGUCUGAUAAGAGCAGCUCUGGACGGAAAACAGCACCCAUCACUCAGACGGGCUCCUGGAGGAGGGGCAUGAGCGCACAGGUGGGCGUGACCGCACCGCGGACGAAAAGUACAACAGUAACCAUGGCAACCGGCAUGAUUAAGACACAAGGGACAGGUAAAACAGAUGACGCUAAAGUCUCUGAAAAAGGCCGCAUGUCUCCCAAUUCCAACAUCGUCCAGCAUUCCUCCUCCGACGCCGGUCGAAGCAGCGGAGACGAAGCCAAGAAAACACCCGCAGGCCGAGUCCCCACAAGCACAUUUGGUUUCAAGAAGCCCAACGGCGUCCAUGGCCCGGCCAAUGUGGUAACCACCUCCAGCAUCACUCUGGUGACAGCAAGCGGCGCCACCAUUACCAGCGGCUCCGCCACCCUGGGCAAGAUUCCCAAGUCCUCCGCCCUUCUGGUCGGUGGGAGAGGGUCAUUAAAAGGAGCUGUGGAUGGUUUAUUGCCUCCUCAGGAGGAUGGCUACCUGUCCCCCAGUGCUCGUUCAACACUGCAGUACCGAAGUCUACCUCGACCCUCUCGUUCCGGAGCCACGGCCCGCAACGGAAACCGAUCGUCCACUAGCAGCAUUGAGUCAAGCUUGAGUUCCCGAACACCUGUCCUUACUGCUGUCACGGCCAGCAAACCAAAAGAUUCUGCCACUAAAACCAACGGGCACAUAAUCCAAGCCAAUCAGACGGACAAAGAGAAGGGCGUGGCCUCAGAGAUGGACAACCUGAGAACCAAUCCGAUUGUUUCGGGAGGAGGGGCGGCAACUAUUCCACAGACAGUGAGACAGGGAAACAAGUAUAGUGAGGUCUCGUCUCCAACAUUGCGAAGACUUUUUGGAGGUAAGGCUGCUAAACAAGCCCCGGUCACCGCUGCAGAGAGCAUGAAAAACUCAGUCGUCAUUUCCAACCCCCACGCUACCCUUGGGCACACCCAGUCCUCCGGUGGGCCCUUGGACUCCCCCUCCACAAUACCAGGCAGCGGCAGCAGCAGUCCUCUGUACGGGGGUCGCGGUGCCAGCAUAGGGGGCAGCGAACAAGCUUCGAGCCCUGGUUCAAUGUACUCAACGGGCACUGGGACUUGGGGCACCACCAUCAGCAGCUCUUCGGCUCUCGGCUACCCCUCCGUCAGCAGCAUGCACACCAGCAGCGAGUCCAUCGACAUGUCAGUGGGCAGCGGGCAUCACCGUGACGAUGUUCACCCGGUACUGAUGAGAAUGGGUAGUGCUAAGACAGGCAUGUCAGAGAGGUACGCCCCUUCACCACAUCUGCGUCAGGAAGAGGCACGUGAUUGGCUGCGCUCACAUUCGGCUGGUGGUUUGCAGGACUCAGCCAGUAACUCUCCCUUCUCCACCGGCUCCAGCUUGACGUCACCAUCCGGAACGCGAUUUAACUUUGCUCAACUUGGAAGCCCCACCACAGGUGCUCAGAUUAAUCUGGCCAGCCUGCGCAACAACAGCCUGACCAAUCAGGACAACCCACUGGACAGCCAUGGUGAUUCCCGUCUGCGCAACUCCUGCAUGUCGCUGGACGAGAAGACGCGCACCAUGAGCCGGUCGGGAUCCUUCAGGGACGGGUUCGAGGAAGUUCAUGGAUCGUCUCUCUCGCUGGUGUCCAGCGCCUCGUCUGUCUAUUCAACGACGGAGGAGAAAUCACAGUCAGAGAUCCGCAAGCUGCGUCGAGAACUGGACGCCUCCCAGGAAAAGGUGUCCGCCCUGACAACGCAACUCAGUGCUAAUGCCCACCUUGUGGCAGCGUUUGAGCAGAGUUUGGGCAACAUGACCAUCCGACUGAAGAGCAUCUCCAUGACCGCAGAACAGAAGGACUCUGAGCUGAAUGAGUUGAGGAAAACCAUCAAGCUGCUAAAGAAGCAAAACGCAGUGGCUCAAGCGGCCAUCAACGGCGUCAUCAAUACUCCAGAACUCACCUGCAAGAGUGAACGCACAGGUAAUAAUGGAGCGCAGCCAGACCUGCGCAUGCGCAGACAGCACUCAUCUGACAGCGUCUCCAGCAUCACCAGCGCCACCAGCCACUCCAGCCUGGGCUCCAGCAUGGACAACCCCGACUCCAACAGUAAGAAGAAGAAGAAGAACUGGCUGGUGACCUGUGCUGGAGUUGACGUGUCAGAUGAUGAAUAUGAAUAUGAAUACGUGUAUGAGCUGCGGAGCUCCUUCAAACAGGCCUUCAGUAAGAAGAAAUCACCUAAAUCAGCCUCGUCCCACUCAGACAUUGAGGAGAUGACGGAUUCCUCUCUCCCUUCCUCUCCCAAACUCCCUCACAACGGCACCAGCACCUCGGCACUGCUGCUCCGCAACACACACUCCAGCUCAAUACUGUCAGACUGUCUGGAUGGGGAGGCGGAGACUGUGAUGCAGCUGCGUAACGAGCUCCGAGAGAAGGAGAUGAAGUUGACGGACAUUCGACUGGAAGCCCUAAGCUCCGCCCACCAGCUGGACCAGCUGCGGGAGGCUAUGAACCGCAUGCAGAUGGAGAUCGAGAAGUUAAAGGCAGAAAAUGAUUGCCUUAAGUUGGAAGGCCAAGCGAGUGGGAGCAGGGCGUCUUCUCAAGUGUCUGUCUAUAACCCCACCUCGACCCAAACGCCUGGCCUGUCUGAACACAGUCUCAACCUCACAGAGUCCACCAGCUUCGACAUGUUGUUGGAUGACUCUGGUGGAGAUGGAAGCUCUCGUAAAGAGAGCAGACACGUGAAAAUAGUUGUCAGUCUUCAAGAGGACGUCACGUGGAAAGAGGACUGCAGGACUCGAGACUACCUGAUUGGCUGCAUUGGUGUCAGUGGAAAAACCAAGUGGGAUGUUCUGGAUGGAGUUGUACGGCGCUUGUUUAAGGAGUACAUCAGGCAUGUUGAUCCGGUCAGUCAUCUGGGUCUGGGUUCAGACACUGUGGAGGGUUAUCGUAUUGGAGACGUGAUCCGGUCCAGCGGAGCACACACACCUGAACUCCUGCCUUGUGGAUACCUCGUGGGAGAGAAUGACACAAUCAACAUCUCACUGAAAGGUGUGAACUCUCAGUCCGAGGAUUCUCUGGUCUUCGAGACAUUGAUUCCCAAACCCAUGCUCCAGCGUUACGUGUCUUUGCUCCAGGAACAUCGCAGGAUCAUCCUUUCAGGCCCCAGCGGUACUGGAAAAUCCUACCUGGCCCACAGACUGGCAGAGCAUGUGGCGCUGCGAGAGGGCAAACUGCCCAGUGAGAGCAACAUCGUCACCUUCAAUGUCGACCAUAAAUCCAGCAAGGAGUUGCGUCAGUACUUAUCAAAUAUAGUGGAGAAGCGCAGCACUGACGUGCAGGAGACUGAAGCCCCUCUUGUGCUCAUUCUGGACAACCUUCAUCACGUCAGCUCACUGGGAGAGAUCUUCAACGGCCUGCUUAACUGCAAAUACCAGCGAUGGUGA